UGGGCCAGGGCAGGACGUGCGGGACGGCCGGGCUGCGGUGCCACCAUGGGCAGCAAGGAGCGCUUCCACUGGCAGAGCCACAACGUCAAGCAGAGCGGCGUGGACGACAUGGUGCUGCUCUCCAAGAUCACCGAGGAGGCCAUCGUGGAGAACCUCAAGAAGCGCUUUAUGGACGACUACAUCUUCACCUACAUCGGGCCGGUGCUCAUCUCGGUUAACCCCUUCAAGCAGAUGCCCUACUUCACCGACCGGGAGAUCGAGCUCUACCAAGGAGCGGCUCAGUAUGAAAAUCCGCCCCAUAUCUACGCCCUGACUGACAACAUGUACCGCAACAUGCUGAUCGAUGGCGAGAACCAGUGCGUCAUCAUCAGCGGAGAAAGCGGGGCUGGAAAAACAGUGGCAGCAAAAUACAUCAUGGGCUACAUCUCCAAAGUGUCCGGAGGUGGAGAGAAAGUGCAGCACGUGAAGGACAUCAUACUGCAGUCCAACCCCUUGCUGGAAGCAUUUGGGAAUGCCAAAACUGUCAGGAACAACAACUCCAGCCGCUUCGGGAAGUACUUUGAAAUCCAGUUCAGCCGGGGCGGCGAGCCCGAUGGAGGGAAGAUCUCCAACUUUCUGCUGGAGAAGUCCCGGGUGGUGAGCCAGAACGAGAACGAGAGGAACUUCCACAUCUACUACCAGCUCAUCGAAGGGGCGUCCCAAGAGCAGCGGCAGAACUUGGGCAUCAUGACACCCGACUAUUACUACUACUUGAACCAGUCAGACACCUACCAAGUAGAUGGCACUGACGACCGCAGUGACUUCCAUGAGACCAUGAACGCCAUGCAGGUCAUUGGCAUCAGCAGAGAGGACCAGCAACUCGUGCUGCAGAUCGUGGCAGGGAUCCUCCACCUGGGCAACAUCAGCUUCCGUGAAGAGGGCAACUACGCCCAGGUGGAAAAUACCGAUGCACUGGCCUUCCCUGCCUACCUGCUGGGGAUCAACCAGGACCGGCUCAAUGACAAGAUCACCAGCAGGAAGAUGGACAGCAAGUGGGGCGGCCGCUCGGAGUCCAUCAACGUGACCCUCAAUGUGGAGCAGGCAGCCUACACCCGGGAUGCCCUGGCCAAGGGCCUCUACACACGGGUCUUUGACUUUCUUGUGGAGUCUGUUAACCGGGCCAUGCGGAAGCCACACGAGGAGUACAGCAUUGGGGUGCUCGACAUCUACGGCUUUGAAAUAUUCCAGAAAAACGGCUUUGAACAAUUCUGCAUUAACUUUGUGAAUGAGAAGCUGCAGCAGAUCUUCAUAGAGCUGACCCUCAAGGCAGAGCAGGAGGAGUAUGUGCAGGAGGGCAUCAAGUGGACCCAGAUCCAGUACUUCAAUAACAAGGUGGUGUGUGACCUGAUCGAGAACAAGCUGAACCCCCCCGGCAUCAUGAGCGUCCUGGACGACGUCUGCGCCACCAUGCACGCGACGGGGGAAGGAGCCGACCAGACCCUGCUGCAGAAGCUGCAGGCAGCCGUGGGGACACACGAGCACUUCAACAGCUGGAACUCGGGCUUCGUCAUCCACCACUAUGCAGGCAAGGUCUCCUAUGACGUGACGGGCUUCUGCGAGCGCAACCGGGACGUGCUUUUCACCGACCUGAUUGAGCUCAUGCAGAGCAGUGAAUAUGCUUUCAUCCGGAUGCUUUUCCCAGAAAAGCUGGAUUCUGACAAAAAGGGCCGACCAACCACAGCAGGCUCCAAAAUCAAGAAACAGGCUAACGACCUGGUGAACACGCUAAUGAAGUGCACGCCACACUACAUCCGCUGCAUCAAACCUAACGAGACCAAGAAACCCAGGGACUGGGAGGAGAGCAGGGUGAAGCACCAAGUCGAGUACCUGGGGCUGAAGGAGAAUAUCCGGGUGCGCCGGGCAGGCUUCGCCUACCGCCGCAUCUUCCACAAGUUCCUGCAACGGUACGCCAUCCUCACCCCAGAGACAUGGCCCUCCUGGCGAGGGGACGAGCGCCAGGGUGUGCAGCACUUGUUGCGGUCCGUUAACAUGGACCCAGACCAGUAUCAGAUGGGCCGGAGCAAGGUUUUCGUCAAGAACCCCGAAUCGCUCUUCCUCCUCGAAGAGAUGCGGGAGCGAAAGUUCGAUGGCUUUGCCCGGGUGAUCCAGAAGGCCUGGCGGCGACACGUUGCCAUCCGGAAGUACGAGCAGAUGCGAGAAGAGGCUUCGAACAUCCUCUACAACUUCAAAGAGAGGAGGAGGAACAGCAUCAACAGGAAUUUUGUGGGUGAUUACCUGGGCAUGGAGGAACGGCCGGAGUUGCGCCAGUUCAUGGCCAAGAGGGAGCGGAUAGACUUCGCUGACUCUGUCACCAAGUACGACCGGAGAUUUAAGCCCAUCAAGCGAGACUUCAUCCUCACCCCCAAGUACUUCUACCUGAUUGGCCGGGAGAAGGUGAAGAAAGGUCCUGAGAAGGGGCAGAUCAAGGAAGUGCUCAAGAAGAAGGUGGAGAUCCAGGCUGUGAGUGGUGUCUCACUGAGCACAAGGCAGGAUGACUUCUUCAUCCUCCAUGAGAAUGAAGCCGACAAUUUCUUGGAGUCGAUCUUUAAGACGGAGCUCAUCAGCUUGCUGUGCAAACGCUAUGAGGAGCUCACCAGCAGCAAGUUGCACCUCACCUUCAAAGACACACUACAGUUCCGGGUGAAGAAGGAGGGCUGGGGCGGUGGUGGCACCCGCAACGUCACCUUCAUGAGAGGCCAGGGCGACGUGGCCACCCUCAAAGCAGGAGGCAAAACCCUUACGGUCAGCAUCGGGGACGGGCUCCCCAAUGGAUCCAAACCCACGAGGAAGGGGGUGACACAGAGCAGAGGUUGCCAGAGGCCACCAGCACCCUCCCGAAGUGCCCCACCAGCACCAAGAGGUGAGGGCAAUGCCAGAGAGCAGUGCUAUAGUGCGGGGACAUCAAGGCUGGAAGGGGGAUACAGCUCUGGGCUUGGCCCAACGUUACACAGUCACGAGUGCAACGUAAUGUCCCGCCAUUAUGUCCUCACCUCUUUUAAUGCCAUUUGUCCUUAACCUUGCAGGAUGCAACGGCGGCGAAGCGUGAGCCAGCGGCCCCCUCCGGCUGGGCGCCCCAAGCCCCAGCCCAAGGUCACCGUCCCACGCUGCCAGGCACUGUACCAGUACGUGGGGCAGGACGUGGAUGAGCUCAGCUUCAAUGUGGGGGACAUCAUCGACAUCCUCUUGGAAGAUAUCUCCGGUUGGUGGAAAGGGCGACUCCAUGGCAAGGAAGGCCUUUUCCCUGGGAACUACGUGCAGAAGAUCUGAGCUCCAUCCAGUGGUUGCACAGCCAGAUGCGAUGGGAGGCCACCAAGAGGAUCCUCCCA